GUGAAUUUCUUCUCGUUUAAGGAGGAAAGAUAGUGGAAAAGUCUGCAUUAAAUCUGAACAUGGCUGCUCUUCUGAGACAUGGCUUCCAAUGGCCGCUUGAUGCAUUGAUCCCAUUCUUUGCAGCCCAGGCCAAAAAAUACCUUAUCAGACUUUUGACUAUUAUCAUGAUUGUGUUGACGCUCUCUGCCCUCCUCUGUGCCUUCUGGCACGCCUCGGACAGCAUGGAUUAUUCUCCCAUGACCACUGGGCAUGCGGUGGGCAUAUCAAACAAGCAAUGGUGGAAACCCCCGGACAUCAUGAAAAUCCUAAAGGAUACUUUGUUGUACGUGGCUACCAUGCUUCCAUCCUACGAACCGCUGACCGUUGGGAAUCUGCUGAAGCACCGCGAUCAACUGGGUGGUGUGAACUAUAUGGUCCAAGCUUGUUUCAACUUGGCCAUUGAUGUCUUCAACCUGGAACCCCACUUGGUGCAGCAAAAUGCCCGGAUGGUUAUCCAGUGUGACGGACCGCCCAUAGAGUUUCUCUCCGGCAAUGGAGACUGUGAGAUUUCUGUGUUUCUCUUAUAUGAGAAAAUCCAUCACAACAUCCGGGAACUGACGCCUGAAAUGUACCUUGCUAGGCUGUCCGUUCGUAAGGAGCCCUUGAGCAUCAAUGAUCUGCUGAGAGUGAGACGUAAAUUGAAGUCCUGGGGGGUUCUUUCGGACGAACUUGGCGGUUGCCUAGAGUUUGCGGUACAGGAGUUUGCCAAGGAGCCCUCCUGCGUCCAAACCAAUGCCCACAUGGUUGUAGACUGUGGUGGACAAGUGGUGACGUUCGUGUCUGGGAGGGGGGAGAAUGACAUCAAUGUCUAUGACGUACGGGAGGGCACCAUCCACUACCGGAUCAAGGUCUCGGGCCCUUUGACCAGCGCUGUACGGUUCUUCACUGGGAACAAAGAUCACGUGCACACCCCUGCGGGGAAGCUCUUGCAGCUUGAAUGA